GCGCGUAUGAGCGCGCAUGUAGGCUUUCUGCUGGAGAAGUUUUAGCGAAACUUUAAGGAUGAUAUACCUUGGAUGUUUCCUGUUGCUCUGUGGGCUUACGCAUGUCAUGGCAAGUUAUCCCAUCUGGUGGUCACUAGCAGUGGGCCACCAAUACUCAUCACUGGGCACUCAACCCAUCCUCUGUGGCAGCAUCCCGGGUCUGGUGCCUAAGCAGCUGCGUUUCUGCCGGAACUACGUGGAAAUCAUGCCCAGUGUGGCAGAGGGGGUGAAGAUUGGCAUCCAGGAGUGCCAGCACCAGUUCCGAGGCCGACGCUGGAACUGCACCACGGUCAAUGACAAUCUGGCCAUUUUUGGGCCAGUGUUAGAUAAAGCCACUCGAGAGUCAGCAUUUGUCCAUGCUAUUGCCUCGGCGGGAGUGGCAUUUGCAGUGACCCGUGCCUGCGCUGAGGGUUCAGCAACCAUCUGCGGAUGUGACACACGCCACAAGGGCCCCCCUGGUGAGGGAUGGAAGUGGGGUGGCUGCAGCGAGGAUGUAGAGUUUGGGAGCAUGGUGUCCCGGGAGUUUGCUGAUGCGAGAGAGAAUCGCCCUGAUGCACGUUCAGCCAUGAACCGCCAAAACAAUGAGGCAGGAAGAAUGUCCCUUAACGACAACAUGUUCCUGAAGUGUAAGUGCCAUGGGCUGUCAGGCAGCUGCGAGGUCAAGACAUGCUGGUGGUCUCAGCCUGACUUCCGAGUUAUUGGCGACUACAUGAAGGAUAAGUAUGACAGCGCAUCAGAGAUGGUGGUGGAGAAACAUAAGGAGUCCCGCGGAUGGGUGGAGACCCUGAGACCCAAGUACAACUACUUCAAACCCCCCACAGAGCGCGACCUGGUUUACUAUGAAAGCUCACCCAAUUUCUGUGACCCCAAUCCCGAGACCGGCUCCUUUGGUACCCGCGAUCGCAUCUGCAACCUGACAUCCCAUGGCAUAGAUGGGUGUGACCUCCUCUGCUGCGGCAGAGGCCAUAACACCAGGACUGAGAAGAGAAAGGAGAAGUGUCACUGUAUUUUCCACUGGUGCUGCUACGUCAGUUGUCAGGAGUGUGUGAGAGUCUACGACGUGCACACCUGCAAAUAAGGACGUCUAGUUCUCGUCCUUUUCUCACCAAAAUGUAAGACUUCAGUAGGCAGAGGAACAAUUACACCAACUUAUCUACAAGACAUGAGAGACUGAAGAGCUGUCUGAUCUGUCCAUGGACUCCAGUGGCAAACAUAGCAGAUUUGUGUUUUGUGCCAAAAAGAGCCAGUCUCUGCCUAAUCAACUGAAUGGGUUGAGUAGAUGUUGACAUCACAAAUCGUCAUCAUAUUAACAGUGAUGAUGGUGAUGAUGACAACCAUGUUGCUAUCUCUAGCGAUGACGAAAGAGUUUUCAUGUACUGACGUAGAAAAGGAGAACUGUCGGCCAAUUGACAAACACCAUAUUGGUGAUAUUUUUUUUUCUUUGUUCCAAAUAGUUACUUUUGUUGAGAAUAGUACAGCACUGCCAAUGCUUUUAAGUCUAUGGGGCAAACAAUGAAAGUGUCACAUUUUCUUCAAUGUUUAAUCAUAACUUGUUUUUGCCACACAAAAGUGACAUUUAUGAGCAACUUACACGAUCAGACACUCAACAGCAUGCAUUAUCCUCAACAUUAUAAGUAUCUGAAAACUAACAUUGUUGUGUGAAUGAGUUUUAUAGUGUUUUUAUGUUACUGAUGUUUGGGUAAGAAUGCACUUGAACCUGAGUGAAUGUAGUUAUUAUGCUGUAAUGUGUUUACAUAUUCUUAAAUUCUUAAGCUAACAACUUAUUAUCUGCUUUCAAUUACUAAUUUUAUCUCGAGAGUAGACAUGAGCCACAUCAACUGAACAUCGGCGAAACAAGAAUAUACAGUCUGCACAUUGUCUUGAAACACCUAAAAACCAGUGGAAGCUUUUUUUUUUAAGAGUAACAAUGCUUUGAACAACAUCGAUAGUUACAACCAAAGACAAGUAAAGACAAAAAACCUGUAAGUCUGAGGUGGUCAGAGAGCUGUAAAUGAAUCUGAAAGGUCAGCACUUGUGUCCCAUUGAGAAAUAUGAAGCAUGUUCUCCUUGUUUUUAUCAGUAUUAGCAAUGUCUCAUGUGAAUGGGUGUGGGGAAAACUAUUAUUUAUAAAAGGGAUAUCCCCACUAUAUUUUUUGUUUCAUUUACACACAUAUACUAUUCUAUUAUUUUGAUAUUUGAUUAAAUAGAGGUCAACUCUGUACUCCCUGAUAAAAUAAAACACAAAUGGCAACAACAACAAAAAACGCAAACUAAGCUGUAUUAUCUAAGCUCUGUAUAAUGCAGUAUAAUUUGCAGUUGUGGUAAAAUGAUGACCAAAACCUGUGCUAUGAGAUUAUUCUCAGCUGUGGCUUCUUUUUCCCCAAACUAAACAACAUGCAGCAUCACUGAAACUAUCAAUACUUCCCUUAUUUUAAUGCUGCUAAGUAAAGAUAAUAUCUGUGUGUGUGUGUGUGUGUGUGUGUGUGUGUGUGUGUGUGUGUGUGUGUGUGUGUGUGGGUGUGUGUUGUGUGUGUGUGUGUGUGUGUGUGUGUGUGUGUGUCUAGGUCCUUACAGUAUGGCUUUGACUAUUUGUGUUAUAUGUAUAUUCUUGCAUGUAUUUGAUUCUUUCUGUGAAAGAAACCUAUUGUAGUUUGGAAAAAAAUGUGAAGUUUUGACUAAUUAUUGCAUACAGUAAUUUCCAUUUUAACCAAAUAGACCAAAAUAGAGUUUAUGUUAUUUUAGUUGCCUAUGGUUUUGUAGUCAUGCUAAACAUCAGGGCACAAUGAUUAAUGUUGCUGUCCCUUAAUUUGAGAAGAAAUACAACACAGUAUUUAUUUAUUUGGAAAGUGUAAAACUACUGAAACAAAAUGCUUAUGAAAAAGUGUGCAUGCCAUUUCACCAAUAGCCAUGACUAUAAAGACAUGUGUAAAGUCACUGAUGAAAUUUUGUUUACAGCCGAUGUAAUGCUACGUCUCAGGCAUGUAUAGUUCUCAAACAUUUUAAUCAAAGUCGCCUACCCAUGAUUACUUUUCAUCCUGACUGAAAAUAUUAAUGAGCAGCCAUAACAAGUUUCACAUUUUAAGUCAUCUUUAAUUAACUACACAGCAACCAUUAUCAAUACAAGAUCUGUUAUCAUGCAUUUAUUACUGUAUACUUUAUAUGUGAUUGAUUGCUG